UGUUGCCAUGUGAUCCGCCAUUUUUUGUAAACAAGUUAGAAGAAGGAAAAGAUUGUAAACAUGGGGGUUGAUUACUACGAUAUCUUAAAACUUACAAGAAGUGCAACAGAUGCUGACAUCAAGAAAAACUAUAGAAAAUUGUCUCUGAAAUAUCACCCCGACAGAAACGCAGGAGAUCAGGAUGCUCUAGAUAAAUUCAAACAGUGUGCAGAGGCAUAUGAUGUUUUAAGUGAUCCUCGAAAAAGAGCCACAUACGAUCAGUUUGGUGAAGAAGGUCUGAAAAAUGGUGUUCCGCAGGGAAGUGGGGAAUCAGGGGCCUGGACGCAAGGGUACACAUUCCAUGGAAAUGCAGAAAAGGUGUUCAGGGAUUUCUUUGGGGGUGACAAUCCCUUCCAAGAAUUUUAUGACAGAGUAGAUGGUGAUCUUAGUAUGGGUUUUGGUGGACUCCAAGGUAGAGGGAGAAAGAAGCAGGAUCCACCCAUAGAAAGAGACCUUGUAUUAUCUCUAGAAGAAGUUUUCCAUGGAUGCACAAAGAAAAUGAAAAUCACAAGGAGGGUUAUGAAUGAGGAUGGUCACACAUCAAGUAUAAGAGAGAAAAUUCUAACCAUCACAGUCAAAAAAGGCUGGAAGCCUGGAACCAAAAUCACAUUCCCUGAGGAGGGAGACCAAGGCCCCAACAAUGUCCCAGCUGAUAUAGUAUUCAUUGUGAAAGACAAACCCCACCCUCGAUUCCGUAGACAGGGGAUUAAUCUUAUCCACACAGCCAAGGUUCCUCUGGGGAAAGCCCUGACAGGAUGUACAGUGGAGAUCAUUACCCUGGAUGAACGGGUGUUACACAUCCCCAUUAAUGACAUUAUCAAGCCAGGUUACACAAAGAUUGUCCCAGGUGAGGGGAUGCCAAUUUCAGCAGACCCCCAGAAGAAGGGGGAUCUAGUGAUAGAAUUUGACAUUGAAUUCCCCACCUCCCUGACACCAGACAGAAAGGACCUUAUCAAAAAGGCACUUCUCCAUUAAAAAUAUAAUUAAUGAAAUAUAAACUAAAGAAGCUGGACUUUUACUUUAACCAUCUAGAAAGUGAAAAAUAAAAAUUUUUGCAAUAUUCUUAAAGCAGAGAACAUUUCUGAAAGUGUUUUUUCCUUCUUCUGAGAAGUAAAGCAUCCCAUAUUUAAUGAAUAUACAUUUGUAUAUUUUAAGUUUUUGAAGUCUUUGGCAAGAAUUUUAUAAUACAUGUUUACAAAUACUGUGAUCUUUGUAUGUAUAGAUAUAUCAUGAAAAUAAAUCUUUAAUUAAA